UGUCACCCAUUCAUAACGUCAUUUGUCAGAUGGCGCAAAAAAUCAAUAAAUCAUAAAUCUUGUCAUAAACGAAAAUAAAGAAACAAAACAAUGUUUAAGUUAAAGUUAAGUUAUUUAACUUGAUACCUAUUCUUAACAAACAAAGGAUGCAUUCGAUUAAGCUUUUUCUUGAGUGAUGGAGGAAUCAGAAGAUAGACCAAACAUGGAGUUGGAACCUUUUAAUAUGGAGGCAUGUCGAAUAUGCUUAGCAACAGAUGUGAAGUUGUCUAGCCUCAGUGACCCAUACUUGGCCGGUUGCAUGAAAGAAAUGGGACUCAAUAAUUCACGAGAAUGGCUCCCAAAUUUCAUCUGCUAUGAAUGUCUACCGACUUUGAUAAAAUGCAGUAAAUUCAUUGAGAAAAGCAAAGUUGUUGAAGAAAUCCUUUGUGGAUUAUACAGCAAGUCUAAAGUGGUAAUCAAAGGAAUAAUAAAAGAACAGCAUAGGCUUAACAUGAAACUCCAAUCUCCGCUCAAAUGUUAUCUCUUACAAGACUAUUUUUACAUUCGACAUGAGGACUGUGACACUGCAGCAAAUGAUGAUGCUAUUCUUGUUCCUAAGACAUUGAAAGAGGAACAGGAGGAACCUGUUGAACCUGUGGAACCUGUGGAACCUGUGGAACCUGAGGAACUUGAUGAACCUGAUGAUGUACCGGAAUUAGGUUUUAUGGAGAUCUUGGCUCGGUAUGUUCCAAUGCGCCUCAUCUCACCUUUAAGCGAUGAUUCCCCGAGUCCACAAAAGGACUUCAAUUAUGAUCAAGCAUUGGAAAAAAUGAUUGCUGCCGCUCAAAAAGAACAAAACGGUGCUGUUCCGGUGCCUAACGAAACGACUGAUGAUAAUGAUGAGGUGGUGACUAUUGAGGAUGAAGUUCCUGUCGUGGAAAUAUUUUCUGAUGAAGAGAAAAUUGCUGAUGAACCGAUACCUGACCCUAACGCUAAUGGCUUGAUGCAUGUUGAUGUCAAUACCAAUGCUCGUGGUAUAAACUCGUUCGUAGGUGAGCAGAGUUCGCUCAUAUGCCCAAAGAAACGGAUCGCGCUCUCAGACAUACCGAUACCUAAAUCUAGAAAGAAGAAGAAGAAGAAACAUAAGGAGAGGGAAUAUUUAGAAGAUGACGAAUGUGUGAAACGAACUUUCCGUAUUGAAGUCGUACAAACAAAGGACCGCACUGACAAAAAGUAUAUCUGCAAAUUUUGUACUAAGACAUACAGCUAUGGCGAUGAAGCAAAGGAGCACUACCUUCUCGGUUGUCCUCAACGUCAUAAUAACCACAAUUCUAGGUUAUUGAAUGCGAGCUCCGGCGUGAAGACUUGGCAGGAAUGGACUGGAAACUCCUAGCGUCAGUUAUAAACGACUGAAUCUAUCAGUCGUAUAAGUGGCUAGUCUCAAUAAUAUGACUGUCGGUAUAUAUGGCUACUUUUAAAGAGAUUCAAUUUCGAUAUAAAACAUUUUUUAUACUGUAAAGUUACAGUACCUACCCUUAGUACGAGUUUGGUUUACGUUUAUAGUAACCAAAAUGAGAGCGCGUUCGGCGCUCUGAUUGGCCGGCUCCAACUAAUCAACCAAUGACAGCGCCAAACGCGUUUUCGUUUCGAUUACUUUAAACGUAAAGCAAAGUUAUACUAAGGGUACUGAACAUGAGGCCCUUAUUUAUCCCUCAUUAGGAGAGAUACGCACACAUCUAUAGUGUCAAACCUUUUUUUAAAGAUAGUGAGUUGUCGUAGGCUUCGCGCAUUUGUCUUGCUGUUUUUUUUUUAUCGAAACUUAUUUAGUAGUUUCACUUAUGAUUUUGACUUCGAAUUCUUUAUAUAAUGUGUAAGUUUAUUGAAGACGGGUCACUAGAUAAUUUUAAACCAACGGCGGUCACAGUAAUGUUAUACCAAAGUUAAGUAUUUCAUAGCGGCAAAGUGUUGAGUGACAAGACUUUAAUCGCUAGUGGCGCCACCUAAUGAGCGCAAAAAUGACGAAAGCUUAAGUUAUACUUAAGCGCUAGUGCCAUAUAAUUAAUUAAUAGUAGAUUUACAUAGUAUAAGGUACAUACUGUAUUAUUCGUAUUAGUAAACCAAAUAUAUUUUAUUCUUAACCUUUUCAAAUGGAACAAUAGAUCCCAUUUAAAGUUUUUAAAUUAGAAAAUAAUAUCAACUAUAGUCAUAUGUCAAUAUUUAUCUUAUAUGCUAGUGAAAUCUGUAUUUUAUUUACUAACGUAUUAUCUGUCUUCUUUUCUAAUAUUCUGUAGUAUUUUCAAAUUGUACAAUACAUAUAAUGAGUUCUCCUUUAAAAAUAUAGAAAUAUUGUGUAGGGACUUUGAACUUCGAGUAAAGAAAGUCAUUAAAUUACCUAUAAUAUUUAUGUAUAUAUGUGUAGAGACGUUUUUUUGCGUGUAUUUAAUGUAAGACUAGAUGUUUCAUGGACAAAAUUGAAGUACCUAUGGAAAGAUCAAUGGUAAACGAUAUAGAUAAUUUCUAUGUUGUUCUUGACAAAAUAUGAGGAUAUUAAAUAUUGUGAAAACAUUACUUGUUAUUUAUUAUAGAUAUAUAAAAAUAUCUAUUUAUUUUCAUGUUGAAUGUUAUUUUACGUUUUACUCUCGUGUGAUUUCGGCCUUGUCCGACCGAUUUCGAGCUCGAACGUCAUGCGGCUUUAUUUGUACUCGACUGAAUGUUAUGUAGUAUUUAUUGUACUUAUAUACCAGUAGAAACUUUGUAAAAAUAACCAACGUUGUGAAUUAAAAAAAAAACAAAAUUGUACUCUUAUUGACUUCA